AAAAUUUUUCUUUUUUUCUGAACAAUAUUUAAACUCUUAUUAAACAAAGAGAAUAAAUAAACAUGUCUAAUGUUGCCCAAAAACGACCAUUUGCAAGCCUUAUAGAAGAGGACACAAAUGAAACUAAUGAACAUAAAUCACCAUCAGUAAUGACACCAGCAGAAAAGAAAUGGUGCACUCAAACCAUUAAAUCACUUAAAAAACAUAAAAGAGCCAUCGCUUUUCUUGAUCCUGUUGAUCCAGUCAAGUUUAACAUUCCUGAUUAUUUUGAUAUCAUCAAGUCACCCAUGGAUUUGGGCACUGUAGAAAAAAAGUUGCAAAAAGAUCAAUACCUUACCAUAGAAGAUUUUAAAGCUGAUGUUCAACUUAUAUUUGAUAAUUGUUAUCUAUAUAAUAAUCCUGGUGAUCCUGUUUGCCAAGAUGCAAAAAAGCUACAAGAACAUUACACUAAAAUAUGUAAAAAAGAACCCCUCGCAGAAAAUAAUGUAAAUACAAAUGUAAAUCAAGUCCUUAAUUCAAAUCCUCAAAUAGAUGUUACUACUAAUAAUUCCUUACAGCAAAGAACAGAGAAAAAGACAGCAACAACCAUUACUAUUCCUACCCAACCUAAACCUCAAGUCAAAUUAACUCUAUCGACUACUACUACUACUAAUAAUAAUAAUAAUAAUAAUAAUGAUAAUAAUGACAAUAAUAUGAAUAACGACCCAGCAUCAAACUCAUCAAAAGAAAAAGUUCAGCUUAUGCCAGAAGAACAAUUCAAACGUUGUGAAACACUUGUAAAAGAAUUAAAGAAGCCUAAAUAUCAAGGUUUAAGUUGGCCGUUUGCACAACCUGUAGAUGCCGAUGCAUGGGGAGCUACAGAUUAUUAUGACAUUAUUAAAGAACCUAUGGAUAUGACAACUUAUGAAAGAAAAUUAUAUGAAUUUCAAUACUCUCAUGAAGAUGAACUGGCAGAUGAUAUCCGCUUAAUGUUUCGUAACUGUUAUACCUACAAUCCUCCAGAUCAUCUUGUUCAUAAUUUAGGAAAAGAAUUUGAGCAAGUCUUUGAAAAACAAUGGGCAAAAAUACAUGGUAAAAGUAACAAAAGGUCUUCUUCUACUAGUACCAGUCAUUCAAAAAGACAACGCCAUACAUCUUCAAAUACUGAAGUAGAUACUAUGACAACUACUACUUUACCAUCUCAACCAUUCAAUGAUGAAACAUCAUCCAAUGCGGAUAGUAGUAACAAUGGUCGUUCUACCAUUUUACGACUAAAAUUAUCUGUUAAGCCCAAAAAAGAAGAAGAAUCAAAGCCAAAAUCUACUGUAAAGAUUCCUGGUUUAGCUUUAUCCAAAGAACCUCCUCCAUCAUCCACUGGGCCUAAAUUAGCGAUUGGAGACAAACCAAUUCAAGAUAAAAAAGCAGAACGAACUACACCACUUGUAUUACAAAAUCAUGAUAAAUGGCUUGCACUUGCCAAAAAAUCUGAUACAACAACAUUACAAUCCAAACAUCAAUUACAACAACAUAAUACCACACAUACACUUAAAAGGCCGAUUGCUACUACCUCUACUACCACUACUACUUCCACUACUACCAACACCGCCACCGCCACAGCAACUUCAUCAGCUUCCUCUACCACAAAUACAAAUGUUCCUUCUAAACCUAAAGAAUCCUCAACACCAACAGCACCUUCUGCAUUAUCAUUUGAUAUUAACGAAUUAUAUAAUAAAAUUCAUAAUGAAAAGAAAUUAAAAGAGCAACAGAGACGUGAAGAACAAGAAAAAUGGGAAAGAAAUGAAAGAAUUCGAUUAGAGAAAGAAAGAAUAGCAAGUGAAGAAAGAUUAAGACAGUUAAGAGAAUUCAAUCAACAUUUGCAAGCUAAGCGUAAACGUGAUAAAGAAGAUAGAAUAAAUGAAUUGAACUCGCAUACAAUUGAUAUCAGCAAACAAAAGUUGAAAUUUACUAAAUUUGAAUCCAAUUUUAUGGUCCGAGAUCAAGAUUGGCGUGAAAUUUAUACUUGGCAACGAGAGACAAUUGAUUAUCGACAUAUACCAGUCCCUGGCUUUGUAAAGAGAGCUCCUAUUAAAUUACCUGAACUACGUAAACGAUUAUUAAGUAAAUGUGUACGGUUAGAGAACUCAAAGAACCAAAAUGCCAUUCUUCAGGAUGAUGGUGGAUCCGACAUGGAUGUAGAAUAGAAACAUAUUAUAAUAAAG